AUGGCGCUACUUCUACGAGCGGCCGCGGUAGCCGCCACCGCCGCUGCCGUGAUGGGCAUGCUGGCAAGCCCGGCUGCCGCACAGGGCGCGCCGUCCCCGUCGCCGGAUCCGUCGUACAGGAAUCACACGGUUGGGGGCGCCGACGGCUGGUUCUUCAACGCGACGAGCAACUCCACGUCAGGCAACUACUCCUCUUGGGCUGCCACCGAGACGUUCUACCUCGGCGACUACCUCAUAUUCCAGACGAACGACAACUCGUCGGUGGUGCUCACCACCAACGCAACCACCUACACUCUGUGCGACCCCAGCGAGGACGACGGGCUGGAGACCUACAUAUACAGCGGCGGCGGAGGCGGUGGGGGCGGUACCGAGGAGACCAAGGCCAUCGCCGCCCCUCUACUCUACGAAGGCACCAACUACUUCUUCUCCGAAGCCGACGGCGGCGCACAGUGCCAACAGGGCAUGCGCUUCGAGAUCAAGGUAGCCUACGGCCGCGGCUUGCCGCCCGACCUCGCGCAUCCGCCGCCGCCGCCCAUGGAACGUGUCCUUGCGCCGCCUCCUGCUGGGUCGGUCUUAUCGCAAGGGUUGGACGGCGCCGGCGCUGGUGAUGACACUGAUGUCAAGAACGCUGGCUGUAGAGCGAUUGGUGCGGGUACUCGUUUCUUGGAGGCUGUUGCUGCGGUCACUUUAGCAUUUUUUGUUGCUCUCUAAACGAAUAGGGUCACGCUGUCAGUAAGGCAAGAAUUAUAGCA